AUGGGAUGUGUAACUCAAAAACAAAAGAAAGAUUUUAAAUUUUCUACAAUUCCUAUUUAAGAAUAACGAUAGGACGACCUAGACGAAUGGACAAAAAUCAUUCAACAACAACAGGGCAAGCAUUUGAAUCAUUCAGGAAAGGCAAUUAUGACUAAAAGCAAAACUCUAUCAGCUAGAUAUCAUCAACCUUUAGAAUAAAUUGAUGAAGAAGAAGUGUGA